AUGGACGCCGCCCGGCCGUCCAAGAAGGCCAAGACGACGACGGCCGCGGCGCCGCCGCCGCACAAGCUGAGGGAGUCCGCCUCUCUGGCGGACGAGGUCCGGACGCCGGAGAAGCCCGCGAAUAAGCUGGCGCCGGCGCUGGCGAUGGCGACGGCCGCCGAGCAGAUCCCGACGCCGGAGAAGCCGGAGGAGAUGCCGAGGGCGUGCGGCCGCAGCGUGGCGUUCUCUGUCAAGGAGAUCCGCCGGGCCGCGCUAGGGCUGCGGCGGCCGGCGGCGCAGGCUGAGGCGGCGGUGGAGGAUGAACUCGAGUCCGUCGAGCGGGAGCUCGGCGUUGGCGCCGGGUCUAGCCGGAGCCCCGUCAAGCGCAAGGCGGAGGUCAAGCUGCCGGAGAGCUACGAGAUGCUCUGCGAGUUCUUCAAUUGCCUGGAGAGCUCCACCCGGCUGCUCCGUAUGAAGGGAUCCAAGGCCACAUUCCCCAACAUCUGUUCUAGCGUUCAGCAUUUGACCGAGCGGAGAUUUACCCACAGCCAUCUUGCACAGCUCAAGUACAUAAUGCCGGAGGCAAUUGUCAUUAAUAAGAUCCUUUUGCGUGAUGACACGACAUGCUGCAUGUACCCUGAUCUUCAGGUGAACCUCCUAGUCAGUGCUGUUGAGAACGUCGUGAAGCAAAAGGGGGAAACAGCGUACUUAGCAUUAAGAAGGAUCUUUAGGCAGAGGCUUGUGGAAUUCUACAGGGAGCACCCUGAGGGUGAUGACAUUCCUGAGCAUGAGUUGCCACAUCCAUUUAACCAAACAAGAUCGAGCAUGCCCCAGGAUGAACAAAGGACUGUUCCUGAAUCUUCGUCCCCACUCAAGCCAUCUGAUGUCAAUGGACAGCAGACCGUUGUGAUGUCACACAUGUCACAGUCAUUCAAGAGAAUGUUUUCACAGAGAUCUCCAAUUAGCUCUACAACAGCUAGCGCACCCAGUCCACUGGUGAAGGUUGCUUCCACUGUUUCGUCACCACUGAGCAGAAAUUCCCUCUUCAGUCGGGGUGUUUCUGGUAGCAUGUGUGUUGAUGAUAAAUCAAGUGCUAAAGAAGUCAUCUGCAAGUCUGGUGUUUUAGAAAACACCCCUGCAAAAUUUGCCUCUACACCAGUGAGGUUAAUGGUGCCUACGCCAGACCUUAAGACACCAAAGAGACCGAUCUCUGCCACAGGUUAUGACACUCCGCCUUUGAAAAUGGCAAAGAGAUCAGCUCGUGCCAAGUUGUUUACCACUCCAACAAAGGAUAGUAGUAUGGAUGGAGAGAAGCAAAGUGCAAGCAUAUCUGGUGCUGAUGCUGAUGAUGAGUUACUCAGUUUUCUUCCACAAUCCCUCCUUCAAUCGGUGAAAGAGAAGGAAGAGAGGGCUUUGGAAGAGAAGGAAACUGGGUUCGCUGAUCAGGUUAAAAGGCAGAAGUUGAUUGCUUCCCUGCCAAGCACCUUUGACACCAUAUUCCUUAUCUAUCAGUCAAGACAGCGGUCUGUAAUGACAAAGCAGGAGCUAAUCCACAAGAUUAUUGCAAGCAGUCCUAAGAUAGCAGACAAAAGUGAAGUUGAGGAUCAUCUUACACUGUUGAAAGAGCUCGUUCCAGAUUGGAUCUCUGAGAAAACUGCUCGAAGCGGAGAUGCCCUGUGCUGCAUUGAUGCCACUUUGAGCCAAUCAGAAAUUCGGCAAAGACUGUAUGCUGCUGCUGAGUAG